AUGCCCCGCAAGAGGACUGCAAGCGCGCUCAGCUUGGAGAGCUUGGUCGGCGACGACGAGUUUGAGGCCGCCAAGAGGCCCAAGGCGGCGGGGGACACGAUUGGCCGCAGGGCGUGCCCGCGGUGCGGGGGGGUGGACCGAUGCCGGUGUGCGAGUACGGCAUCGACGGCGGUGGCACGCACGGUGCCCGAGGUGGCUAAGCGGAACACCCACGACGAUAACGUAGUGACGGUGCAGGGGAGUGCAGCCACGGCUAAGAAGGGCGCGUUCAAGACGCUUCUGCCGCUGGUUAAUAUCGCCGAGUGCGUCGAGUCGGAUGAUGCGGCCCGCGAUCGCUUCAUCUUCUUCUCAUAUCGCCCGCAGCGGUUUCAUUUUCCGCAAAGUACCUAUCUCUCCGCCCUGUCGCCGUUUGCGGCGGUGGCAUCUGCCAUGACGGGCGUGUCGUCGAAGGGGGUGUGCGCCGUGUGUGGCGGCGGCGGAACGUUAUGCGAAUGCUCACGAUGUCCGCUGGCGUUUCACCGCACGUGCAUCGACCCUUCGAGGAUGCGCUUCGGGUCACCGUGGUUUUGCAACUCGUGCCGAUCCGUCAAGGGCAAGGAUCGCACCGAGAGAUGGAACCCCGCCGUGGAGCCGCCGGCCCUGCCAGCCCCAGCGUCUGGGUUUCGCAGAUUAAUCGCGGACGCCAGCGAGGGGAAUCCGAUCGACUUUGUUAUGCACCCUACGCUACACGGCUUUUACAGGAAGGAGAGGGGGGGCGACUGGUCGCAAUGCCACACUUGCAACGAGAUUACGAUAGCAGAUCCGGGCGUCUUGACAGAGUCCGUGCAUGAGCCGUUUGAAUGUCGCUAUGCGUUCUGGAGUGGAGAGACACCCAAGCUGUGUCGACGCUCAGGUGACGAGCGUCGCAAGUCCAAGGCUAUCCUCCAUCUUGAGUCGUGCAACCGGAAGAGGUCGAGGAGAAGAAAUGCCCUCUUCUUCUACGGCUUUGGAGAAGAAGACCGCGAGGAUUUCGGCUUCCCGCCGCUCAGAGAGGUAGCCGCGGAGCCGGAUGUCAUCGUCAUAGAGGACGACUCGGAAGCCAUCCUAGCGUCGCCAUCGCCACAUAUGAAAGCGCCUACCUCAGGAAAAGGGCACAGAAGUAUAGACGACAUGUUGCAGAAUCAAGGAGAGGCCCCAGGACAGGGAGGACUGAAUGGAUCGGUGGUGAAAGGCCCAUUUCCACCCCUUCCGGAUCAACCGCUGGCAUCGGCGUCGAAAACAGCGGAACAGCGCACACUUCUUGCACUUAUCGCUGGUGCUCCGGAGACACAGGCAAGUCAAGGACAACAGUCGUUGACUAUGCCCACGUCCUUACGCACGAAUGGGAGGGAAGAGGCCACAGUAGAUGCCAGUCUGGGCCGAUCCAAAAAUGGAAGCGUCGGCCUUAACGCGAGGGAAGCUACCAGGCCUUCUGAAACUAAAGCAGACAGGCCAGUUUCUAGGUGUGAAGACUCGCCAUAUGGGCGACAUGGAUCAGUCCAUGGUGAUCACCUGCGGGUUGCUCCCGACCCCGAAGGAAAUACGCAAGGUAAAGCAACAGCAGCGGUUUCACAGAGACCUGGAGGGGAUCAUCAAGGUCUACAUGAUGCUGCUCUCACAACGGUUAACCAGGGAGGAGGCCAGGUACAAACGUCGGAGCCUAUGCCAGCCAAGAAUGUUCACUCAAACCUCGGAUCAUCCAUCAACGGAGACAGGUUCCUGCCAAACGAUGCUGCUGGCUUGUCCUCAACAAAGGACGCCAUUGUGAAGCCCGAGUCCGACCUUGUUCACCAAAGCGAUCGCGCAAGUGACAGAAUACAGGAACGGGUAUUAGAGUGCAUUGCAUCUAUCGAUUUUGACCAAGAAACCGAGGAUUGCCUGACGGAUAUCGCUUUGGAAAAUGACAAGGAACUCUUCCAACUGUACAUCGGUAUGUAUAAAUUGGGCAACGCAAAGUUCAAGAGGCAGGCGACGCGAUUAGCGCGUCGCCGGAUAGCGAAGAGGGACGCGGCCCUCGGUGCACCCGCUCCUUUGCUACCCCAACAUCCUCCAUACGGGAGCGGGUACUCGGGUACACUUGCCCAGCAUCUCACAGGUUCUACGCAGGGGCUCCUCAAAGCGGAACAAUUGCAACAAAUGCAGAGCCUGGUUUCUUCAGCGCACGUGUCGCGGGCCCGCUCAUCAAGCGAAGGGUUGAAGCAGAUGUUGGAACGACAUCAGGAUGAGGAGCAUCAACUUUGCGUUGUUCUGAGGAAAGAACUUGAACAGGCAUCUCCUCAUGAGAUGGAAGAUCUUCGAUUCCGUCAACGCGAAAAGCUCAACACUCUUCGGAGGAGACACCAGGCCGAGCUGGGGCAAGUACCACACACGCAUGGUGGAUUAGGAGUAUCAAAAUAA